CGGAAGUGCCCGUUCCCAUCACGUCACCGGGUUGCCCCACCGAGUGAGGGUUGCCGUGACAGCGGCGGACUCUCCAGUCGGAGUUCCCAGGCGCUCGUUGCUUGGAGCGGGAGGCUGGUCGCUCGCCCGCUCGCUCGGCCUCGCCGUGUCCCCCGGCGUCUUUCGACCAGGCCUCUCCUCCGGCCUCGGGUGUCUUCCAUGGAGCGGGCGGCCGCUAUGACGGACAUGUACGACCAGGCGCUGCUGGGCAUCUUGCAGCAUGUGGGGAACGUCCAGGAGUUCCUGAACAUCCUCUUCGGCUUCUUGUACCGAAAGACCGACUUCUACCGGCUCCUGGUGCAGCCGGCCGACCGGCUCGGCUUCCCUCCGGGGGUGGCCAAGUGCAUGGCGCUUCGGGCUUUCAAAAACUUUGAACACCUGGCCCGCCAAGAUGAUGACAGAAGACAGCAAGAACUUCAGGAGAAAGUGAAGAAAAGAGAGGAGGACAUAGCAGCUGCAGGAGAGAGAGCGAAGGUGGUGCCAGCUGUAGCUGAGGAGGUUGAGAUCAGUGCAGCAGUAGGUGAUGACUCUGUAUCGGAGGGUGGAAAGGCUACAGAGUCACAGGAGCCUGUGGCAGUGGAGGAGAAAGUAGAUGCACAAGCCGCCAAUGCAGCCGUGGAGCCACCAGAGGCUGUUGCUGCCCCUUUAGAAAGUCAGCCAGCAGAGCUACCCAGGAAACAGGAGCAGUUCCAGGCAAAUCCUGACAGUUACAAUGGAGCAGUGCGGGAGAAUUAUGCCUGGUCCCAAGACUACAGUGAUCUGGAGAUUAAAGUCCCAGUGCCCAAGCACAUUCUGAAAGGCAAGCAGGUUUCUGUGAACAUCGGUAGUAGUUCAAUUUGCGUGGCUGUGGUGGAGGGAAGUGGGCCGCGUGUGCUCAUGGAAGGCACCCUCACUCACAAGAUCAACACAGAGAACUCUGUCUGGAGUCUGGAACCAGGAAAGUGUAUCCUCAUUAACCUGAGCAAAGUAGGUGAAUACUGGUGGAGUGCCAUCUUGGAAGGAGAAGAGCAGAUUGACAUUGGUAAAAUCAAUAAAGAACGUUCAAUGGCUACGGUGGAUGAAGAAGAGCAUGCUGUGCUGGACAGGCUAUCCUUUGACUACCACCAAAAGCUGCAGGGAAAGCCACAGAGCCAUGAGAUGAAAGUCCACGAGAUGCUCAAGAAGGGCUGGGAUGCCGAAGGCUCCCCGUUCCGAGGCCAGAAGUUUGAUCCCUCCAUGUUCAACAUCUCUCCUGGGGCAGUGCACUUUUGAUGAUGGCACUGAGGAUGGGAGAAUUGCCUACCUGCCGGGGAGAGUAGGAUGAAACUGAUGCCACUGCCACACUCCUCCCCUCCUGCCAGCGAUGUCAAUCAGCCCCUUUGUCCCUGCCUUGUUACCUGGGCUUGUUUGCAAAAUGACAAAGGACUUCAAAAUAGCCAGAAUGUGGGUUUGCUUUUGGGGAGGGGGGAGAGGGAAGUGCAACGUUGAGCGACUCCUUCCCUCCAGCACCAGGUUGGUGCAUUAAAUAUGUAUGUGGGGGAAGCCUAGCAAAAAGCAGCCUUACGUACUGUGUCACCACGGCAACCAGCAGCUGCUGGUAGCAUUUCCUCUCCUCUCUUGUUAAUGGAUUGCUUUGGGGAGGGGGGUUGAUUGAAGGCAGUAUUCCCCCCCAACCUCUUUUUCAGAAAUACAUGCAGUUUGGCCAAAUGA